GGACUGCAAGAUAAGAGGUGAGGACCGAUUUCGCUGCAUUUCUUUGGGAAUUUUCGCCGCGUUUGUCUGGGAAACAUGAUCGAAUUUGGUCCAGGAGCGACCUCAUCUAUUGUCAACCUGCUGGAUACUCGGUCUCUCACGCGCGCGGUUCUAUUCAGCGCGAAUGAUUUCCACCUGACUUUCCAGAGAAGAUUUUCUUUUAUUUUAUUUGGCCGAUUGCGCUGACUUUUCUUUCGUUUUGGGCCAUUCAGAGUAGUCCAGUCCAGAAACCGCAAUCAUGGGUAUCUCCAGAGAUUCACGCCACAAGCGUUCAGCUACCGGUGCGAAGCGGUCCCACUACCGAAAGAAGAGAGCUUUCGAGAAGGGCCGUCAGCCAGCCAAUACCCGUAUUGGUCCUAAGAGAAUCCACGUUGUCCGCACUCGUGGUGGAAACCAAAAGUUCCGUGCUCUCCGUCUUGAAUCCGGCAACUUUUCAUGGGGAUCCGAGGGAAUCGCUCGUAAAGUCCGUGUGAUCGUUGUCGCCUUCCACCCUUCGAACAACGAACUUGUCCGCACCAACACCCUCACCAAGUCCGCUGUCGUCCAGGUCGACGCUGCUCCUUUCAGAACAUGGUACGAAGCACACUACGGCCAGCCCUUGGGCAGAAGACGCCAGACUAAGGCCGCCGAUGCCGAGGAGGCCAAGAAGUCCAAGAGCGUUGAGAAGAAGCAAGCCGCCCGAUUUGCCGCCCACGGAAAGGUUGAGCCAGCUCUUGAGAGACAGUUCGAGGCCGGUCGUUUGUAUGCGGUUAUUUCUUCUAGACCUGGUCAGAGCGGUCGGGUUGAUGGUUACAUUCUUGAGGGCGAGGAGCUCGCUUUCUACCAACGUGCUAUCAGAAAGUAAAGCACUUUUUGAUGGGGUUUUCGGUCGGAGUUCCUGCAUUUGCAAAAAUUAUGUUGAUGAGCAGUACCAACGCAUGCAUGUUUGUAGAACUCUGGGCUACCUUGAAUUACCAAUCGGAAUGAAAUUUUCUUUUUACUUUUAAUGAACAAAAAGAAAUAAUAUAUUGUUCCCAGAUAAACGAGACCGUUUUGGAAAUGACUCAUUCGGCACUACUUAGAAUCAAGAAACCCGCCCUACCAACGUCAUCAGCCCCAAACUGUAUACAUUCACUAUAUUCUAUGUACUAGUUAUGUUCGGUGGUCAUACGGAGUAGUGAGCCAAGAAA